CCCAAUGUGCCUCUGGUUCCCAUGGCUUGUCUUCAUGUGGCAACCAUUGUGGCUUCUGGUCCAGGCAGCUCAGCCUCUGGAGUGGGCCCUGGACCCUGUCCAGUGGACCUCCGACCCCCCGGGGCUGACUGAACCUUGGUCUCCACACUCCUCAGACCCCCCUCCUGAAUCGCCCUAUGCGAUUACACCCCCGGCAGAGUCCGGGGGCUUUAAUGACUUGUCCUCCUCUCCAGACCAGAUGCUGGCGCUGCCUCAUCACGAGUUGACUGAGACUUUGGUUCCACACCCAAACCCGGAUUCAGCUGCAGAGCUGCCCGCAGGGCCAGAUCAGUUUGCUGUUCCACAUCAGGAUCUGAAUGACAAGCUAACCCAGCAGCAAAAGCUCCCAGCAGCGGCUCCAGUGCUGGACUGGGAACAGAAUCAGGCCUUGGUUCUGCCUUUUCGAUGCAAAAGUAAGACUAAAACCAUAGGUCUAGAUCAGGCUGAAGGUCACCAAUCAUUUGAAAUACUUGUUCCUCUUCUAGGUAGUAAGAGCUCAAAACCAACGAAGUUCAUUGAUUCAGCCCCAAACCUGAAGAAGGAUCUCGUUCAGCAUCGACAGCUUGCUAAAAUUGUUGUUGGAAGUACAGGCCAGUUAGAAAAUGAAACUCAGGGUCUAGAACAACAGUUGCAGGGUGAUUAUGUAGCUUCCGGUAUGGAUACCAUUUACCCUGAGGAGAGCCUGCCUACGGAUUUUCUGGGGAACUCAGAGCAACCUCCGGAGCCCCCUGAGGAGGCUGAAAUUUCUGCAUCCCAGCAAGAGGCCCAACUUCGUCAUCCAGAGACCCCCGAGGAGGUAGAAUCACUUCCACUCCAGCAGGAGCCUCCGUCUCAGCCUCUAGAGCUCGAGCUUCAGGCUCAGGCAUCAGAGCCCCCUACAGAAGUGGAACCAUUGCCAGUCCAGCCUACCACAGAGGCUGAACGUUCCACAGUCCUGCAGCAGAGUGCAGUUCCAGCAGCAUCCCCCGAAGUGACAGUUGCAAGUCCAGAGCAGGUUCAGCUUCCACAUCCAACCUUGACUGAGGUCACAGUUCAACCUUUGGACCUGGAAAUUAUGUUAACUCCGGAAUCCAGUACGGAGGCUGAACCUUCUCCAACCACACAGCAGCCCCAAGCUCAGCCUCCAGAGGCAGCUGUAGCCAUAACUCCAGAGCCUUCCAUGGAGUCUGGAUAUUCUACAGCCGUGCUGCAAACUCCAGCCCCACCUCCCAAACACCCUGAGGUGACGCUUGCACAGCCAACCCUGCCUCAAGUCACCAUUAUCCCUGUGGACCUGGGAGGUACCAUUUCUCAGCAACCAAGUCCAUCUGAGACAAAGCAACCAGAACAGAAUGCCACCACAGACAUCAACAUAUGUGAGCUCUGUACCUGCAAAGAUGAGACGCUGUCCUGUGUGGGUCUCAGCCCAAAGCAGAAGCUCCACAGAGUGCCUGAGCCACAGCCCAACACCUACAAGGGCAUCUUCACCACCGUAAAUUUCCAAGGAAACUCUAUUUCUCACAUUGAUGAAAAUGUAUGGAAGGCAUACCGUUGGACUGAGACACUGAUUCUCAGUGACAAUCAUUUGACUGAAUUACAUAAGGACUCAUCUGAAGGCUUGCUAUCCCUCCAGUAUUUAGAUUUAUCCUGCAAUAAAAUACAGUCUAUUGAAAGACGUACAUUUGAACCGCUACCUUUUUUGCAGUUUAUAAAUCUAGGUUGCAAUCUACUCACAGAACUGAGCUUUGGAACGUUUCAGGCCUGGCAUGGAAUGCAGUUUUUACAUAAGUUAAUUCUCAAUCGUAAUCCUUUGACAACAGUUGAAGAUUCUUACCUUUUUAAAUUGCCAGCGUUAAAAUAUUUAGACAUGGGAAGAACACACGUGUCACUUACAACAGUUGAAAGCAUCCUGAUGAUGAACCUUGAAUUGGAGAAACUGAUCUUACCCAGCCGCAUGGCCUGCUGCCUCUGCCAAUUUAAAAAUACAGUUGAAGUUGUCUGUAAGACAGUCAAGCUGCGUUGCGAUGGUGAAUGCCUGACAAAUGCCGCACCUUGUGAUGAAGAAGCAUCUCUAGGGAAUGCAGAAGGAUCGUUCAUGAAGGUGUUACAAGCCCGGAAGAAGAACAACAGCACCGAGCUGACUAUUGAGCCAGAGAGGGCAUCCUCAGACCAAAGUGCUGUCAGCUUGUCAACCUUCCCGGGUGAUCAAUUUGAAGCUCAGCUAAACCAGCAGCUAUCAUCCCUCAUCCCCAACAAUAAUGUGAGAGGGCUCAUUUCUCAUGUUACCCGGACUUUGAAAAUGGACUGCUCGGAGACCCACGUGCAGCUGGCCUGUGCCAAGCUCAUCUCCAGCACAGGCCUCCUGAUGAAGCUCCUCAGUGAGCAGCAACAAGUAAAGGCAUCGAAGGCAGAAUGGGAUACGGACCCGUGGAAAACCGAGAACUAUAUCAGUGAGAGCGCAGGAGCCCAGGGUGAACAGAAGGAGCAGGAGCCCAGUGAGCUCACAAAAGAAGUCCCAGGAUACAACUAUAACAAGAAACUCAUCCUGGCAAUAUGUGUAACUGGAGCAGUGAUGACUUUCAUUAUCAUUUUCUGUCUCAUUCAGAUUCAUGCUCACAGGGCAGCAGCAGCAGCAGCAGCACAGGGAGAGGAAGAAACAGGGCAACUGCCCAAGGGCCACAAAAGGGGCUUUUUUCCCUUUCUUCUGCGAAAGAGAAGCUCAAGGGAAGGCGAGAGUCAGGAGGGCUUUCACUGGAGAAGGCGGCCACUUUGGCUUAGGGAUACGUAUAGACCGCUCAAUGCCACACGCAAGAAAAACAUGGCACAGAAGCUACACGACCAGGAGUCUUCUGAUGAGGAUGAGAUUUUCCAGAAGGAUGCGGGGGAAGGCAGCAGAACCCCAGCAGAGGACGUUUAGGCUGCAGAUUCGGCUGCUGGGGAGACGGGUGUGGAAAGUGAGGCCGCACACGAGACCGCGGCAGUGUGAGCCCCGUCCUGCCUCAGGCCACCUGCACAUUUCAUUUUCCAGGAUUGGCUUCUCAGCAUCACUUGUCAAAUGCUUCUUUUUCUCAUUUAAAAAAAAAUACAUUUAUUUAUUUAUUGGCUGUGUUGGGUCUUCAUUGCUGCACGCGGGCUUUCUCUAGUUGUAUUGAGCAGGGGCUAGUCUUCAUUUCA